AGAAACGUCAGACGAAGAAGAGACAUGAGGAAGAGUCCAGACACUCACGAGUCCGUCAGCUGUUCAGUCUCCAGCUGCAGCUGUCAGUGUUUUAAACCUGGAAACGUCAAAUUCAGGUCAUGUGAUCGUUGUGGACACGGCUGGGUGGUGCACGCCCUGGAGAAGCUCCGGGCCCCGCCUUCCUCCAGCUGCGGCCCAGCAGAGGUGGCUCUUCCUGGGCUGGUGUUGGACCUGAGCUCCCUGGUUCUGUUUGGAGCUCAGGCCGUUCCCGUCCGUCUGAAGAUCCUGCUGGAUCGCCUCUUCAGCGUCCUGACCCCCGACCAGGUCGGACACAUCCUGCACACACUGGGCUGGAGUCUGGGAGAUUAUGUGAGAGGAUACAUGCUGCAGUUUCCCAGCGGGACGGUGUUGGAGCGCUGGACGAUGGCGACUCCCGAAGAAGAGCUGCUCAUCCUCAAACAGUUCCUUCGCUUUGGCGAGACCCGCCCCAUCGCAGAGCUGAUGACGCCUCAGUGUCUGGCAGCUGUCAAUCACCACUCUGAUCCAGAUCCCGCCCCCAAGAGCUGCCACUCAAACAUCGACUUGUUCACUGAGCGUAAAGGAACGUCCAGAAACUCGAGAGAAGAUGUCCGUCAUUUUGAAGACCUCCCAGGUGGACGGCCUUUGCUUCCAAGUCUUCCAAGCUCCGCCUUUCAGCAUUUGGUUCCUUCCAACCAGGAUCUUGCUCCUCCCCCGAGGCUGACUCAGCACCUACAAGAGCCCAGAGGAAAAUUCACCCAAAAACACAGGCAGGAAGGAAAAAGAGACGCACAAGAGAACGAUCUGACUUUGAUGGAGUCCAAAUGUGAGCCGGUCUUUAAAAUCAAAGCAGACCCUGACAGUCCAGUCCAGUCCCGGUCACUGUGGCAUCCAAACAUCAACAGUGAUGACGAGGUCAAUCUUCUCAGAGGCGUGGCCAAACAUGAGACCGCCUCCUCACCCUCUCCUCCUUCAUUCAUCCCAGUAUCUUCCUCAUUCUGUCCGUUCAUUUCCUCCUCUGCAUCCUCUCCCUCGAGGAUCUACCCGAGGUUGCAGAGCUCCUCUCCCUCCUGUUUUCGUCCGCUCCCAUCCUUCUCCUCCUCCUUCCUCUGGAAGUCGGAAGGGGAGAGUCUAUUGUGGCGUUUGUGGGAAAAGCUUUUACGACAAAGAAACCAUUUCCCCUCUGUUUGUGCAGGAACUCUGAAGAUCCACUACAACGCUGUCCACCUGAAGAUCAAACAUCGCUGCACCGUGUCCGGGUGCACCAUGGUCUUCAGCUCACUGCGUAGCCGCAACCGUCACAGCGCCAACCCGAACCCGCGGCUACACACCGAUUCCAACAGAGACAGACCUUCUGAACAAUGCACACAAGAUGGCGACUCUUGCACACUUGAGCGUGUCCACCGACCUAGAAAUGGUUUAAACGGGCAAACUUACUCCAAACCCCCUCAAACUGACUCCCCUCCUCCUUCUCCUCCCCCGUGCAACAACCACGACUCCACCCGUCUGCCUCUCAUGUCCCUCACUCCCCUCACUGUGAUGAAGGAAACAGAAUGCGUAGCUACCCUUAACACUUACAACAACACUGCACCUGUGUCCCUGUCGGGCCACGCCCCCAUCACCAUGGCAAACUGUGCCAAAGGAAAACAGGGAGCGCUAACCGAUCAGCAGCAACAGUGGGAAUCAUGUGACUCCGUUCCGAAGAAGAAGCCCAGAAAGUCAAGCACGCCAGUGAAAAUAGAAAGAGGGAACCUGGAGGGGAGGAGCAACAAGAAGGAGGAGGAGUUUUGA